AAACUCCAGAAAAAAUACAAAGAUACAGUUGAGUGCGAGCGUACGGUAGUAUGGACAGUAAGAGGAGGGUAUUGGGUGAGCACGUUCCGUUGUGCUGCCCCUUCCUCUCAAUACCUUGAGCUCCUGGAGAAGAUACUCAGCUCCGAUCAAGCGGCUGCCAAUACUCCCUCCACUGCUGGUACAGGACCUAGUGGACGAGUACCAAUGAGACGUAAAACCCGAGGACAAGAUACCCUCGCCCUUGAAACGCUCAAAGGAAAAGGAAGUAUUGUGGAGUCUGUGGAUCUUAGUAAGAGUGAGAUUAGGAGACAAAAGAAGGAGAAGAGAAGGAGAGAGUGGGAGGAGUUUAAUCAAACGAAGCCAGGAGCUGGUUACGAGGACCCUGAAGAAGUUUCGGCUAUUAGUAAAGCAAAGUCAGAAAUGGGCGAUUAUAAGCUUAAGACUUCGAGUGAUUACGUUGUGUCCGAUCAACAGAGAAUGUCCACUGAGAAGAAGAGAAGGGAACUACUGAUAUGCAGAAACAAU